GUACAGUCGUACAGUCGUACAGUUGUGACGUGGACGGUUGCCAUGGAGAGGCCCGCUCGGUAGGCACAGCGAGCUGGCGCCAGGAGCCGAAGGGUCGGAGCGUGGCUUUGAAGCCGCGACCGCCGCCACCAUGAGCGGCCGAAGUCGGGGUCGAAAGUCCUCCCGCGCCAAAAGCCGGGGCAAAGGCCGCGCCAAAACCCGAGUCCGCGUUGUUCCUGACGAGACCCCGCGCGACCCGGACCCACCCCAGUGCCAGAGGCUCGGGGAGGAGACCAAGGCGGCACAGGUGCAGGCUGGCGCGGGUUGGGGUGGCCUGGAAACCGCUGCGCCCGCGCCGCCCCUCCCGCUGGGGGACGAGGCUGCCUGUCGGCUCCCCCUGGACUGUGGCCUGGCGCUCCGGGCCCGAGCCGCGGGGGACCGCGGGCAGGCCGCGACUGGGCCUGGGCCGGGGAAAACCCCCUCCCUCUCGGAGCGCCUGACAGCAGACACCGUCUUCGUGGGAACUGUGGGGACCGUGGGAAGGCCGAGAAAUGUCCCCCGCGUUGGAAAUCGGCGGUGCGCUGCCGGGAGGAAGGCCCCAGAGACCUGUGGUGCGGUGGGGAGGGGGCCUCCGGCCGGGGCCUGUGGGAAGCUGAAGAAGGGGACGGCGGGGGAGGGCACCUCCGUCUCCGCGGGAGAGGAAAGUAGAGUAGACAACGAUGCAGGGUCACGGCUCCCUGCCACAGAAGGCAGCAUGGAUACUCUGGAGACCGUCCAGCUGAAGCUGGAGACCAUGAAUGCCCAGGCAGACAGGGCCUACCUUCGGCUCUCGCGCAAGUUUGGGCAGUUGCGGUUGCACCACUUAGAGCGCAGGAACCUCCUCAUCCAGAGUAUUCCCGGCUUCUGGGGGCAAGCCUUUCAGAACCACCCCCAGCUCUCAUCCUUUCUGAACAGCCAGGAUAAAGAGGUACUCACCUACUUGAACAGCUUGGAGGUAGAAGAGCUUGGCCUCGCCAGAUUGGGCUACAAAAUAAAGUUUUACUUCGGCCGCAACCCCUAUUUCCAAAAUAAGGUGCUCAUCAAGGAAUAUGGCUGUGGCCCUUCGGGUCAGGUGGUGAGUCGUUCUACUCCAAUCCAGUGGCUACCCGGGCAUGAUCUCCAGUCCCUAAGCCAAGGAAACCCAGAAAACAACCGUAGCUUCUUUGGGUGGUUUUCAAACCACAGCUCAAUUGAGUCUGACAAGAUUGUGGAGAUAAUCAACGAGGAACUGUGGCCCAAUCCCCUGCAGUUCUACCUUUUGAGUGAAGGGGCCCGUGGAGAGAAAGGAAAAGGAAAGGAGGGCAGGCAAGGUCCAGCAAAGCAGCCAGUGGAGACCCCCAAGCCUGGGGUAAACCAGUCCAACUGAUUCUGCACAAGUCUCUACCAUCUCCUGCUGGACCGUUCGUGGCUGACUACAUGUGUGUUUGGCUGUCUGCGUUCUUUUCAUGUUGGCCUCUGUGCACUGUAGCCCCUUUAGGACUUUAGCUACAAGAAUAUGGCAUUUAUGAUCGUGUUCUUUUGCCUCCCCAUGGCCUUCUUUUUUACAUUAGUGUCACAUGUUAUGUGAUCUCACCCCUACUGUUUAUAUGUUAAACAAAUACUUCAGAUGUGUGCUGCCUUUAUCUACAUUGCCUGGACCCUGUUCUUCGCUCUGGCUUUUCCUGCUUGUCUUUAACAUGGACACUCAUGAGUCAUCCUCCAGGAAGACCACUGCAUCCUCAAGCCCUGCUACUUCAGGCCCAGUGACUUGCUGGACUUCGUGUUCAUACUGGCCAAGCAUGCCAUCUAUGGCAAGCAUUUCUGUUACCACUGCAAAAUGAAGCCAGUGCACAUGGUAUUGGCCAUCAGCCAGAACUUACUGUUUCAUGGGCCUGGGGUCACCAGCCAAGGUGUCACCUCCUUUAUCUCUGACUUUGUCCUGGGGUCCAUGCUACCCACCCUGGUGGACAUCCAGCAGAAUGGCACUUGCCUGCUGGGCAUGCAUUUGGCUAAGGGCAAGAAACAGUAUGCCAUGUGUUCUGUGCCAUCAUGAGUCUCUUCUUGCCUCUCGGCCCUCCUACUGGUGAACCUUUAUCAAGGUCCACUCUAUGCCAUGCCCCCUUACUGUCAGGCCAUUGAGUUUUGUCUAGGUUGCGAUCGGCCCCAGUUGGUUUCCUGGUCGACAAGGAUCUCAAGAACUGCCAGUGGACUCAGGCCCCCUGCCAGUGCAUGAGACACACACCUACCCUCCCCAGCCUUCCAGGAACCCUCUUGGCUGCUAGACUGAAGGGUGGGCUGAUAUGUGUGGACAUGUGCUUACUGUCACUAUGCUGUGGCUUCAGGUGAGGGUGGGGAUUGGACCUAUAGAGAAUUUAGGUACCUUUGUCAACUUCCCUUGUCCCCUCUUAAGACAUGACCAGAGUGCCAUAGAGGGGUGCUGGGAAGAAGUAUUUAUGAUCUGUGGGUCUCUACCUGCUUGACUUCAUCUCACACACUUCUUACUUGGUUCUCUUUCCUCCAUCCCUUUCUUAGUCCCUCCUUCCCUCCCUCCCUCCCCUGCCACCUUCCUUUUUUUUUGUUUGUUUGUUUAAGUAGUACUACAACUCAGAAAACAAAACAACUGAAAAAUAAUAGUUAUCUACAUACAGAUAGGGACUUGCUAUGGGCACUCACCUACUAGGCUGAAAGAGAUUAGAGGGAACCAGAAGGCAAGUGGAUCUGUGGACAGACCCUGGUCCUUUCUCCUGGGCUCACUCAACAAUUCUGAAGUUGAAAAUCCGUUUCCUGCCUAUGCAUCUGCUCGAUUAUAAAUCCAAGGGCAGCAGUGUUGUGGAUUAGUGUUUACCCUUGUUUUGAGGGUUUUUUUUUUUUUAAAUGCUCCUUAAGAUCCAAGUGCCUCUGGCCACCUGGAUCCUCAGUAUCCAGCUUUUCCACUCUUGAGUAGUCCUUUGCUCUCUUUGCUUCUAUCUUCAAAUAUCCACAGGAGUAGGCUUUAAUCUCCAGUAUGGGGGAGGGUCCCAAGGGGCAUAGGGAUGGGCAGAAUCUGUUCUGGAUCUCCAGGUUUCUUCUAGUGGAUGUGAAAGCUGAACUGGGCCCUUUUUCCCCCCUCAUCCUUGAGGGUGGGGAGAAGGAUUGUAUCUACACCUCUCUUCCCUCUGACUUCCCUUUCCUUAUGGAAGACCUCCUUCUAAGUUCCAGAAAGGGAGACCUUGACUCAAAGUUGUAGCUAGGGUGUGCUAGACAGGGGAAUCGGAGCAAAAACAUAGAGCAGGCAUGAGUCUGGUAUGAAGUAGGCCUGGAAAAGCAGACAGAAAUGGCUGGAAGAGCUGCAGGGAGAGCAUGCCUAGCUCUAAGUGAUGGAAAGGAUGGGAGGGACCCUCCGCAGGGCUGGGAAGGGAGAAUUAAAGGGGUUAUGGGCAAAUGAUGCCUAGAUGAGGGUGUGCCCAAAGUUUUGUCCAAUCUCUAUUUCAUAAUUCCUACAUUUUAUACAUCACAGAAAAAUAGAAUAAUGUUACUUUGGAUGCUUUCUCUUUUGUUCUAGGUGUGGCCUUGUUUAGGUGGAAGAUUAAUGCUAUAUGCUGCUUAUUUUGCCUCUAAAAUAUUACCAUUUUCCCCAAGUGGGAAAAUAGAGCUGUACAAGUCUGUUAUGUUUUUUGUUUUGUUUUAAACUUUUUUUCUGUUUAUUAUGCAUAUUUUCAGACAUACACAGAAGUGGAGAAGAUGGUCCCUGGGCCUCAUGUGCCCAUUACCUAGCUGCAUCAGUUAUCAAUUAUGAUUGAUAUGGUUUCAUCUGUAUCUCCCUCUUCCCACCUGUAUUGGUUAUUGAAAGUCCAAGACACUGUACCAAUGCAAUGUAACUACUUUGGGAGAUUGGUAUUCUCUUUUGAUGGUGAUAGUGGUGGAGUGUGCUAUCAUUGUCACAUCAAGUCUAUUUUUUCCUUUUAAUGUUAACUAAUGAAGUUCUGGAGAUGGGCCUUAGAAAUGAAAGUCUUCAGAAUUAACAAGGAGUCUCAAAAAGAGACAAGGGGAUGCUCCCUUUCCCCUGCAUCCACAAAAGGAGAGAGAGCCUGCUUUGUUGUAAACACUUGCAAAGACUCUGAUAUGAUAAGGUAUUGAAUUGAGACCCUUCACCAGAAGAAUAUCAGUCUUUUUUUCCUAUGUAACAUGAAGACUUUGUGUGACUGUUAUGAUUGUCAUCAGCUUGUCCUGGUCUCAUAAUAUAACUGGUCUUGGAAGUAUAAUUUGGAAAUUGUUGCUAUGUUCUGUGAAAAUAGCCUCCCAAAAGUAAUCAGUAACUGGUUGUCAUACUUGAUAAUUUGACACCCUGGUAAUACAAUUAUUUCUGUGUUCCUGAACUGUAUAAAUAGUUGUAAGCUUGCAUGCAUGAUGGAAAAAUAAAAACCUGUAUCUGUUA